AUGGCGUCUUCCGGCGGGGGCAUGAGCAACGCCGACUUCGCGCGGAUGUUCCGGAAGGAGGCGCGUCAGGAGGGCGCCGAUCAGGACACUAGCACACAGCCGGACGCUUCAUCUCCCACCAGCGCCGAACCCGAGUUGAAUCCGAUGCAGGCGGCGGCUAGGAGACGGCGCCAAGAGAUGGAGCCCGAGACGUCCGACGCCGCCGCUGACGAAGCUUCCGGCGGCUCUGGCAUCGGUUUUGGGUCAGGAACUGGACUUGGAUCUAGCUCAGGGUCUGGUCUGGGCUUCCGACCCAGUUCUGGGUCUGGAAUGGGUCUUGGGGCCGACGAGAAGAAGGAUCCCGCGGUCAGACCCGUCAAGAGCAAGACGUUCGGCUGGGAGAAGCACACGACGGGCUUCGGCACCAAGAUGCUGGCCAAGAUGGGCUUCAAGGGCCGUCUGGGCAAGAAGGAGGACGGCGUGUCGGCCACUAUCGCGGUCAAGAUGCGGCCUGCGCAGAUGGGCAUCGGUUUUGGGGACUUCGUGGAGGCUAGCAACCUCAAGCAGAACCGGAAGCUGCAGAAGGAGCUCAAGGGGGAAACUGUGGAGGACGAGGAGGCGGCAGGAGCUGCUGCGGGUGCUGUGGAGGACGACAGUCUGUGGAGAAAGAGGAAGGUGGUGGCUGGACGCAGGAAACACAAGCGAGCGGCCGAGUUGACGCAGGAAGCUCACGAUAUGAAGAAGCAGAAGAGAAGCGACGUCGUGCUGGACAUGCGCGGACCUUCUGUCCGCGUACUAUCGGACGUGAAAGCGGCCUAUGACGUCGAUCCACAGCGUGUGGAAGCGGCCAAGCCGAAGUUGGGCGAUGAGCUCAUUUACAAUGUGCGGAUGGUGGUGAAUCUAGCGCAAGGCAAGAUCUACGACUUGACGCAGAAGAUUGACAUGAACACGGAGACCGUUGCUGCGAUGAAGAAAGAGGCCAAGAUGAUCAAGGCGCAAUUGAACGUGGAUGACGUCCGGCUGCAGCAUAUGCAAGCCAUGGUGGAGCAAAUGAAAGCGCUGGAUAAGCUGCGCGAACAAGUUCUGGAGGAGCAAUCCGUGGAGCUUAUGUUGUCUCACUUGCGCACUGUUCGACGGAGCUUCCCGCUGGAAUUCGACGCUCACAAACUGCAGCAGUUGGUGCCGUCGAUCUGCAUGCCUCCGCUUCGAGCCUUGCUAAUGGAGUCUGAUCUACUGGAGCAAAAGUCGGGUGAGGCGGUUGUCCAGCAGUUGCGGUUGGUUCAAUCGUUCUUGACGGAGCUACCGAGCAAGAAGGCUGCAAAGGAUGCAAGUGCGUCGGCUAGCGUACUCCCCGUUAUCCGUGAAAACACAUUGGCUGAAGGUGAUGAUCUGUACAACUUCAUAUUGGAGGAGACGUUAUGGCCUGCAAUGGUGCAGUGCGUGACUGUGGACUGGAAGGCCAAGUCCGCUCCGACCGAUUGCGUUGAUGCAUUCCUGAGAUUCAGACCAUAUCUCUCGAGUGAAUUUGAAGAGGCUUUCUUGAACCAGCUGGUACUCGCUCGUCUGAAGAAGGAGUGCCAUCGAUGGGACCCUCGCUCCGAUACGAUACCGAUCCACGAGUGGCUUCUUCCCUGGCUGCCCUACCUUGGAUCUGCAAUGAAGUCUCUGUACCCUGAUAUCCGGUUGGCCUUAGCUAGCGCCUUGAAUCAAUGGCAUCCGUCGGACCUGUCGGUGUUUGCUGUUUUAUCUCCGUGGAGAGAACUUUGGGGUGAACGCGAGUACGGCAAGUUCACUCAUCGGCAUAUCGUGCGAAAGUUGACCCGAUGUUUGCACCGCGAGUUCGAGAUCAACCCGGAAAACCAAUCUCUGGAAGCUCUGACGUGGGUGCUGGCGUGGAAAGACCAUCUCCCUGACCGUCAGUUUAUCGCUCUGUUGGAAGGCGAGUUCUUCCCCAAGUGGCUCAAGGUGUUGCGCAAAUGGGUAAGCGGCUCGCCAAAUCUGAUCGAGCUCGAGAAAUGGUACUGUGGGUGGAAGCUUCUCUUUGCGAAGAACAAGCUGGCGACGAACGAGCGAUUACUGGUACAUUUUCAUGGAGCUCUCACACUUCUGCAGGUCGCAACGGAGUCGGUUGGUGUGCCCCAUGACAGCAAACCCCCUGUUCCUGAGUUGAACGGCAGUGCGGCCAUGAACUAUCAGGAUGCGUUGGCACUUGCACGAGAUGAGGAGGUGAAGGAGUCACCGGUCCGGGAGGCAAAAUCGUCGCCUCGGAGCGUAUCUCGCAGCACUGUCAGCUUGAAGGAUGUCAUUGAAAAUCUGGCAAUCAGUCACAACUUGACUUUCAUGCCAAAGGGUUUCCACGACGGACAGCAAGUGUACGCGUUUGGCAAGCACCAAAUUAUCAUAGAGCAAGGCGUAGUGUUCAUGGAGGAGUCCAAGGGAGCGUUCAAGCCUGUAGACCUUGAGCAACUCUUGUAG